GAAACCAAAUUCACUUCCAAUUGACAUUACCAUCAAACUGGUUCGUGUACAUUGUUCAACCCUAAUUCCCUCCAAAAAAAUAAAUUACUUAGCUUGAUAGAGAAAGAGAUAAUAGUAGUAUUAUAGGUACGUAUAAUAGGGCAAAGAUGAUUGAUCUGAAGAGCUUGGAUAAGUUGGAUAGGCAUCUUGAUCGUGUAUUAAACAUGCAAAACGAUAACAAGAAGGGUGUUAAAGAAAAAUGGGAAAUCGAUCCCAAGAAACUAACUGUUAAGCAUGUUGUAGCUCGUGGAACUUAUGGUUCUGUUCAUCGAGGAGUUUAUGAUGGCCAAGAUGUUGCAGUUAAAGUGCUGGACUGGGGCGAUGAAGAACAACAAACGAAAAGUCGAAUAGCUACUCUAAGAAAAGAAUUUAAACAAGAGAUUUCUGUUUUGCACAACAUAUCUCAUCCCAACAUUACACAGUUCAUUGGCGCUGUAACGGGUACAUCAGAGAUAGAAUUUCAAACCCAAAGUGCUCAAAUUGGGACACGAGUAAAUAUAUGUUGUCUUGUAACUGAAUAUCAAUCUGGAGGCACUCUAAAGUCAUACCUUAUAAAGAACAGGAUAAAAAAGCUGCCUUUCAAGAAUGUCAUGCAACUAGCAUUAGACCUAGCAAGAGGAUUGAGCUAUCUUCAUUCCAAGAACAUCGUGCACAGAGAUCUGAAGACAGAAAAUAUACUUCUUGACGAGAAUCAAACAAUCAAGAUAGCAGAUUUUGGAGUUUCUAGACUUGAGGCUUUAAACCCCAGUGAAAUGACAGGUUAUACUGGAUCACUCGGUUACAUGGCACCAGAGGUCUUCAACAGCACACCAUAUAACAGGAAAUGUGACGUCUACAGCUUUGGAAUUUGCUUAUGGGAGAUAUACUGCUGUGACAUGCCAUUUCCGAAUAACAAUUUCGCUCAACUGUCUUCAGCUGUUGUUUAUAAGAAACUGAGGCCAAAAAUUCCCAGAUAUUGUCCACGUGGAUUGGCAAAAAUAAUGAGAAGAUGUUGGGACACAAAUCCUAACAAGAGACCAGAGAUGCAGGAAGUUGUGACAAUGUUGGAAGCCAUGGAUGCUUCAAAAGGUAGAGGUAUGACCCCUCUUGACCGGACUUGGCGUUGCUUCUGUUGGAGACUCUGAAAUAUAUACACAGAAGCUACAACGCCUGAAUCUCCUGUAAACACUAAUUUGCUGACUGAUUAGAAUAAAAUUUCAAGUGUAAAUACAAUUGUAACAAUUUUUUAUUUAAAUUUGUGCUUAUAUAU